AUGCAGGUCCCAAGGAGAAUUAAGACUUUUAAAUGGAGAGCCUGUAGAGAUAUUUCGCCAACACUUAAUAACCUGAGAAAGAAGAAAGUAGAGGUCGAAGAUCGGUGUUGCUUCUGCAAGGCAGUCCCAGAAGAUGUUCGUCAUGCCUUAGUUUCUUUUCCUUCAUUCAGAGACUUAUGGAAGAAUUAUGUGCCUGUUAUGCAGCAGUUGACUUCAGAUAUGGACUUUUUGGAUGUGAUUACAUGUGUUUUGGAUAGAGGAACCAAUUCAGACUUCACUAUGUUUUUUCUAAUAACUUGGGGAUUGUUGUUUAGACGAAAUAAGAUGCAAAUGGAAAAAAUUUUGAUUCAACCAAGUCAGGUUAUAAACCAUGCUUUGUCUUUGCGUAAAUCUUUUAAUGAUCUCAGGAGCUCCUCAACUCAAAUUGCUAAAAGAAUGUGCUACUGGGAACCUCCUCCAAGGGGUUUUCUCAAGUUGAAUGUUGAUGGAGCCAUGUUUUCAUAUUUGAGAAAAGCUGGUGUGGGUGUGGUACGUCGAGACAACAAAGGAAAACUGGUGAUGGCUGCAAGCAAGAUGAGAAAUGAGGUUGAGGAUCCAGCUACCAUUAAGUUGCUGGAUUUACUACGAGGAUUACAACCUUGUGUCCAUUUGGGCUUUUCAAAAAUUGUUGUUGAAAGUGAUUGUCUGUUGAUGGUUCAAGAGUAG